AGUCAGACAAGUCAGUCCUUUGCAGAGGUACGCGUUUUAUACGUUUCUCACCAUAUCCAUUCAUAAAACGCUUACAUCAGCAUCGGCGCGUUUGUCAGGCGCCUUCAACUUGAUGCAUUUUCAACCCAUAGUGGCAGUUUUGGAAACUACAUUUGUUUUCGGUGUACUUUGGCCGUGUGAAGUUGUUCAAACAGGGACAGCAAAGGUGUCCUGAGCGAGGGAGUCCUGGGGUGGAUUUUCCUUGAACCGGUUCUCUGUUGGUUUUUGCUGGAGUAAGACUGCUGUCAUGUACAGUUCCUAGACUAUCUCUGACAGACAGGAGAGAGUCAGCUUAUGCUACCCUUCAUCCUCCUCGCUGGAUAUCUAUGGAGAGGCUGUCCUGUAUGCUCUCACGCGGCUCUUGGAGUUACUUGCGGCCGAGACAGCACGGUGAAUGUUGAAUUCACCGACCUGGAUAGCAGAAGACGACACACUUAACCUCAUUUGAAUGCCUUUGCAAGGAUUUUGCUGGUUUCUGUGCUGCAGGCAGGGCUUCAGUUUGCUCGGACGAGACUAUGGGGAGAAAGAGGAGGAAGAGUCUUUUGAAUUGCGCAACAAGGAGGACGUGACUCCCAAUGGACGGAGUCCAGCUGAAGUGACUGUUUCUCAACCAACUCUCACAGCCAAUGGAACAAACGGGCACACUGUCUCAGGGGUGUCUGCAGAGAUGAAGAGUCUGAUCAUCGAGAAGAAUAAGAUGGGCCUGGAGGAAGAGCCUGAACUGCUAGUCAAAGGGUGGCUGUUGCGAGAGGUGCGAGGAAACUGGAUCAAGCAGCGUCGGCACUGGUUUGCGCUGAGCCAGGACUCCCUCGACUACUACAGCGGACCAGAGAAAGGAGCCCGCAGACUGGGCACGCUGGUCCUCACCAGCCUCUGCUCUGUCAUCUGGCCAGACAAGCAGACGUACAAGCAAACAGGCCACUGGAGCAUCACAGUUUAUGGGCGGAAGCACUGCUACAGGCUGUACACCAAGCACUUCAACGAGGCUGUGCACUGGGCAUGUGCCAUCCAGAAGAUCAUUGAUACCAAAGCACCAGUGGAAACACCAACACAGCUCCUGAUUCGAGACGUCGAGGAGAAUAAGUUCAACCCCGAGGUAGUGGAGCACAUCUACCAGCACAAUCCCAUCUUGAAGUACACCCAGUGUCCCCUGUACGCUCCUCUGCUGCCCUUCCCUUACGGCAGCCUGGAGCACACAUACCACAGUGGGAAAGGCUACGGCUCGGUGCGUGAGGAGGCCGUGAAGCUCUUCAACUGCCUGCAGCAGCUGGAGUCGGCACGGGAGCCGGUUCCCAUCAUCCAGGGCGUGCUGCAGACCUGCCUGGACCUGCGGCCUCUCCGCGACGAGGUCUACUGCCAGCUAGUGAAGCAGACCAGCUACACUCCUGCCCCGCACACUGCCGCACACCUCCGCUACUGGCAGCUUCUCACCUGCAUGAGCUGCACCUUCCUGCCUGGGCUCACUGUGCUCAAGUACCUGCGAUUCCACCUCAAGAGGAUCCAGAGCCAGAGUCCCGAGUCUGAGAUGGAUAACUACGCGUCUUUCAUCAGCGAGGCUCUGGAGAAGACCAAGUGUCGGGAGUGUGUGCCAUCCUGGGAGGAGAUCCAGGUGCUGAUGAGCCGACAGGAGAUGCUGUGCACUGUGCACUAUCCUGGCCCGUUAUCCUGCCAGCUCUUCAUCAGCUCGCACACUACGGCCAAUGAGGUGGUUCGAAUGAUGCAGCAGAAGCUCGGCCUGCAGGAGAGCAAGAACACGUUUGCUCUGUACGAGCAGAAUGCAUUGUGGGAGCAGCCGGUCGCUGGCAGCGCUCUCAUCGCAGACAUCCUGACCAGCCUCUCCAUCAAAGAGUCGGAGUCUACAUCCCAAUGGAAGCUGUGUUUCAAGCUCUACUGCCUGUUGGAUGCUGACAGCAUAUCAGUGGACAGCAUUGAGUAUCUCUUCCUCUUUGAGCAGUGCCAUGAGAUGGUGGUGCGUGGCCAGCUGCCAACCUGUGAUGAGGACCUGCAGGCCUUAGGUUCCCUGAGGCUUCAGUGUCUGAUGGGUGACUUCAGCACACACGCCCCCUGCCCUCCUCUGGACGAGCUUUACCCAGGUCCCAUGCUUGAGGCUCGAGUCGUCGUGUCCCUUUCUGCGCCCCAAGCCAUGCCUCCUUGCCAGGUGGCGGCUCAGGACUGCCACACGGCACAGCGCUUCCCCACGGGCCUCCUGGCAGGGACGCUGUGGAGCCACACGGCUUUAGCAGCGCACAAGCAGAAGGUGGAGCAGGACAUGCGCCUGCGGAGCCGGCUGAAGGAGGAGGCGGCAGCUGUCAUGGGAUCCAUCUUGGAGCGCUGGAAAGACCUGGCCGGCUACAGCCGCAGGGACAGUAUGGCUGCCUACCUCACAAUUGCACGCCAGUGGUCGGGCUUUGGAUGCACUCUUUAUGAAGUGGACUUUUACAUUAGUUCGACAGGGAGUUUUUCCCAGAAGCUGUGGUUGGGUGUAGCUGCUACAUCCGUGUCUCUGUAUCGGCAGGGAGAGGCAGAGGCCCUGGAGUCCUUCCCUUAUGGCCAGAUCUGUUCUUACGGCGUAUCUGAUAGCAACACCUUCAAGAUCACAGCUGGGGAUCGGGAUCUGCUGUUUGAAACCACCAAGCUGACUGAGAUCAUGCAGCUGAUGAAUGCGUAUUUCAGUGCCAUCCGUCGCCAGCGAGGGAAAGGGGAAGAUGCGGACAUCACCAUAACAGAAAGCACAGGGGUGGGAUUCCAUCACCUAGCCUCGACACACAAACGCACCCUCCUGGAGCUGCCCUCGCACCCAGUUUGAAGGAGACCCAUAGCCGGACACCCCCCCCCCCCCCCCAACCCCCCACCGUCCUCCUCCACGUGGCCCCUAUGAGGCCCAGCCCCAGUCCUCAGGGCACCACGCCUCCUCCACUGGGAACGGCACGGCAGCCAAAACAAAGAGAGGGCUGUUUUCGCUCCCCAUCCGUGAAAAUAAACCCUUGCUGAGCUUUCCAGCUGAAGGAGCUGGCCCAAUGGAGGGGGGAGGGAGGGGGUGGGGACGGGGACGGGACGGGACGGGACGGGACGGGAAGGCAAGGGGGUUCUGUUUUGCAAGUGAGGUCAGAAACCCACAGAAACCAAUGCGGUUGCUGAUGAGCUGUCACACACCCUCCACCCCAUCCUGUCACGCAACCACCUCUGUUACCCAACAUGGCAACACCUCACACCCCCCCCUCGACAAUGUGAGACGUUGGCGUGAGCAUCAGGGAGAGAUGGCAUCACAGCUAGGACUUAUGGCAACAAUAAGCUGUGGUACUCCCAUCAUGAAGGUGUGGCUUAGAGUGAAAACACUACUCUCUCUUUCUUCUCUCGCUCUCUCUCUUCUCUCUCAUAGUGUGCCAUAUUUGUAUUGCCUUUCCUAGAAGGCCUUUGUCCCUCAUGCACUGCUGGAAUAGUGUUGGGAACAUUCAGUGACACGCGCACACACACACACCUCUGUCUUUGGCUCUCUCUCUUUUUUUUACACACACACACACUCACUCUCUCACGUGCCCUUAUGCUGACAUGUUCAUCAGAGACGGUCCGUUUUCAUAAGGUCUCAGCCCGGUUUGCAUUACCUGGAACUGUUGAUGCAGUCAGCCAUGUGAACUUGGAACUGGAAACAGAUGUUGAACUCUGUAGCGAAGUCACUUUGGCUGCCAUUGCCAUCUAGACUCUUACCGAUGGGAUUAUCAGUGUGUGUGUGUGUGUGUGUGUGUGUCUAUUUGAUCAAGAAAAAAACGUUUCCUGGAUUACACAUUCAGGAUCUGAUUUAAUGUUGUCUCGCAGAAAACCAAAGGAUCGUGGAGCUGUUUCUACGCUGUUCCCACCAAAUUCUCUCAUGUGUCCUUUGUUGUGCUGCUUGUCUUGGCUGUAAUCCUCGACACGAAACUUUGUUAACACUUGACUGAUUGGAUCAUUUUUGCUUAUGUCAGUUGCUAUCCUCCUAAUACAGCUCUACUCUGCUGAAAAUAACAGGUGCUUCUCUGUUUAUUGUUGUUUUCACAAAAUAUAUAUAUAUAUAUAUAACCCCUAGUCAGACAUCUGGAUCAUUUAAGAAGUGAUGCCGUAUUUACCGUGCAGUUCCACAUCUGUCCCCUGCUAUUUAAACAGAAACCUUUUGAAUCAGGCCAUGGGUGCUUUUGUAGUAUUAUUUAUGCAAACUUUGCUAUUUUUUACUGUUCUUUGUCUUAAAUGCAGACCCAGAUGUGUUUUGAUAUAAGGUUAUACCAAGAGCCAUAAAAAGCUUUUGGUUCUGCUC